UUUACUCCAGGACUCUGCUGAAGAAACGCUGCCUCCUCCAGAAAAUCCCUCAUCUCCAUGGUAACGGGCCUCGGGCAGACCCAGAAAAACAUCGGGCCAAACUCGUCCGUUCCUCUCCAGCCUACCUGAAUCUGGACCAUACUGAAGACGAUAUAAAAAAAAAGAAGAUCAUUCUUGAAGUAUUAAUGAUGACCUAUCACUUCUUGGAGUUAUUUUACAAUUUGAGUACAGUCACCGAAGCCAGAAUACCUACAAUUGUGAAAAAUGUAAUAUUUUAGACUCUAUACGUUACGUAAAAUGCAGAGGAGUUUGUAUACUCUCUAAAUGUUAGCCUGGAGGAACGUUUAAAAUAUUGCUGUCCUUGAGCAAUAUGUCAGGGAUGUAUCCAUGCACCAUUAAGGGCUCUUAAACUGGACACCAGUCCCAAACUGGUCUGAAAGGAGUCCCCAAAACCGGACCAGGAUGCACCAGCUGUUCAGCCGGGUGCUGGGGCAGCGGGAUCUGUCCAGGGCGGGGGAUCUAUUUUCUCUGCAGGACUCAGAGAUCGAGGCCUGUCUGUCUCAGGCUCUGGACCAGAUCAAGGCCAUCUCCUGCUCACAGGACUAUCUGACCAAUGACAACGACCAGGCGGUGGUGGAGAUCUGCAUCACGCGCAUCACCACGGCGAUACGUGAGACGGGCUCCAUCGAGCGGCACAGCGAGGCGCUGGUGGGGCUGUGGGAGUCGUGUCUGGAGCACAACCUCACCCCGCAGGGAGAAAACACAGAGGACACCCCACACGCCAAGAUAGCCUCUGACAUCACCAGCUGUAUCCUGCAG